GGUACCGUUGUCAUCGUGUGUCUCUUCGCGUGCGAAUUGUUCGUUCGACAUAGACUUUGUGAUAAUUGUCCAGGUGUCGAUUGUUCAAACAGUCAAGUGCUCUCGAAGACAUUGUCAAGCAUCACGUGGCAGGGGUGAUCUCAAAAUGCGUUUUGUAAUCGAAGACACGUGUCACGGACAGUUUCGUGCCUCGAUCGAACACUAAUAGCAUUUAACAAGGAUUCUCAACAAUCAUUCCAUUAGCGGGAAGGUUUUCUACGAUGGAUUCGCAGCAGUUGGUUGACACGGCCUCUCAGAACAGUCAGGACAUCGUCCUGCCCAAACCCGCGAGCAGCACACCGAGACACAGUAUCGACGCGAUCCUUGGACUGGCGAAUAACAAAAGGGGCCAUCAAGAGAUGGAGGAUAACGCGAGAGACACCCAAGAGAACACUGGUGAGAACAGCUGCAACUCCACCGGCGGCGGCAGCGACGAGGAAAUCGGGACAGGCUGCGGGGACGAUUUAAACGGGAAUGGCGGCAAGAAGAAGCAUCGCCGAAACAGGACGACCUUCACCACCUACCAGCUGCACGAGCUCGAGAGGGCCUUCGAGAAGUCUCAUUAUCCCGAUGUGUACUCCAGGGAGGAGCUGGCUAUGAAAGUCAAUCUUCCGGAAGUUCGCGUUCAGGUCUGGUUCCAGAACAGGCGAGCAAAAUGGCGUAGGCAGGAGAAAAUGGAAGCCGCAAGACUCGGUCUCAGCGAAUACCACGCGGCAAAUAUGAGAAACGUGGCUGGGCCAGCUUUGGGUCUACCAGGUGAUCCUUGGCUGACUCCUCCGGGAUUAUUAAGCGCUCUUCCUGGCUUCCUGGCUGCUCCUCAUACGGGAUAUCCUAGUUAUCUGACAUCACCUAGACGAUUACCGUCUCCACCGAACGUUGCCACCGUUGCAAACACUGUGCCAGGAACCCUAAGCGGAGGAAUGGCGAGCAUAGGAACCGGCGGCCACGUUCCAGCAGCACCUCCCAGUCCCCCGGGACACGAUCUCCGCUCAACCAGCAUCCAGGCUCUGAGAAUGCGAGCCAAAGAACACGUCGAAAGCAUCACCAAAGGGUUGCAAAUGGUCUGAAGUUUAACGUACAACCGAGGAAGGCAACAGACCGAGUUGGAGCGUGCCAUAGCCACGCUUUUAACACCGCGGGCGUGACCGAAAGCGAAACUACUCUACCUUCGACCCUUCGACCACGGAGAAUGUCCAGUAGAAGCCAGACAGAUCGACAAACAAGUUCUCUCGCUCCUUUUUCUAGUUGCUGGAACGACUCGAGUUGGUCGUUUCCCCUGGAAUCGGUUUAUCGGUUAUCGAGCACCUCGACGAGAGAAACGGACGAUUAUGAAACGCACGAAUCUCGAUGGUAAUCGAGAAGCAGCUAGUCGCUGGUCCGAUUACUGGCUGAUUGGUAAAUGAAAUUUGUUACGUCGCUCUUUGAUACCAGUCGAUUCGAGUUCGCCGGAGAAGAGAAAAGUCAAACUAGUUCAUAAUAGUGCAAUAAACGAACAGAAUGGUCAGAGACUUUUCGUAGUGUUGAGGAGAGUAGAUGUAAGGUCAGAGACUUGUUAGUGAACCGAGGACCCCUUCCUGAACGAUCAGUAAGUAAUAUGUUAUAGUUCUAACAAGAAGACGUGUUCUUUCGAAUGGACGUUGAGACUGGCGAAUAUCUGGACUGUUCGGUUUAACGCGUUAGCAAUUUGAAACUUUAAGUGGAUCUGAAACCUCCCUUCAAAGGAUUAACUGAUAUCUGAACGACAUCGAAUACUUUGAUGAUAUUUUACAAAUGGACGCACAUUAAUGACGCGAUGUGUCGAUGUCGAUCUGAUAUCAGGCGCUGUCAAGUGGACAGCCUUAUCAGGUAGCUUCAACUUAGCAACAUUAGCAUUUUCGAAAAAGUAUUGAUCGAAUUAGUUGGCUGACGUGUUAAACGCAAUCAAGUAUCGAGACAAUCGCAUGUGGAUGCAUAUCAAUCAUGAAUUUAUAACAAUUCUUGACAUUUAUACCCACGUUAAGGGUGCAGAUUUAAAACUUCGUACUUACAAUUUUUUUAAACUCUCAAGAUACAAACUAAACGUCUACAAAAUCUGAAUUACAUAAGAUACUAGAGUUAUUUAAAGAAACCUGACAAAAUUUUAUUUCCUGCACUCUUAACGUAAAAAAGUAAAUUCCUAAAUGUGGUAAAAGACCGGCAGAGAGAAUUAUCAAUGAGAUGAAUUGGUACAAACCGAGAAGGGUGAACGACCCCAUCGGCCAAGAGGAUCGUGUAAACUGAUCUUGUAUCCGAAAUACGUUUAGCAUAAUUGUUUGAUAAUCAUGUACGAGCCUGGUGAACAGCGACACGAUUCGUGCUAUUUUAAAACGUUUGUCACUUGCGCUUCUACGUCGACGAGCGACGGAACACGUGUAAAACUCAUGCAAUUUUAUCUCCGAAACAGAGUCGAGUGUCCUGCAUUAAACAAGCGAAUGCUCUUCCAGAAUUUCCUAUCGAAUCGUUCGAUCGCGAAAUCAAUAUCGGACUGGAUCGAGCUGCGACGAACCCUGACAGACUAAAUCCAAUAUUUCUUGUAGCAUAGACUCGAGGUGCAGACAGCGCGGGAGACGCAUUUUGGCAUAAACAAUAUUCUGCAGUAUUAAUACGUUAAGGCGAAGAAUUGUGCAUAAGUACGUAAUAAAUGACUACGGUAUGUGAAUUUCGGUUGCAUGGAAGGAGACUGGGAUGCGGCGAUUUUGAGAUAGGGUUUUUGUUGUUAAGAGUUGUAAAUUUACAAAUUUUCAAGUUAAAUACGUUUGUAAAUUCAUCUCUCAAUAUUCUAAUUGUCAAAUGUCUAAAUCUCUGAAUUUCAUAAUUUUCAAAUGAGUAAACUUCUGAACUUCUGUACCCUGAAAUUCCUAAUAUGCAAAUUUCAAGUCCCUAAAUUUCAAGUUCCUAAAUCACAAGAAAUAAUCACAUUUCAAUCAUAAGAAAUAGUCAUACAAAUCAAAUUCUCAGAUUUCCAAAUGACCAAAUUCUGAGAUCACAAAUCUCCGUAUCUAUAAUUCCCUAGAUGCAUAAAUCUGUAACUUUCUAAAUUCCUACAUUCCCAAAUCCCCUAGAUUCCUA